AUGACCGAAAACCUGACGAAACAGUUGAAUUCUUGCAAGAUCGCCCACGCUCCCUCGCUAUCUGGUAUGCCAUUGGAUAUUAUCAACAGGAUUCUUGACAAGUUGGAUCCAAUCUUGCGAUUUUCUCUCCGGAGAGUGUGUCGGAAUCUGAGAAACGUCAUUGAUAACAGAGACCCGGAAAUUGAGCAAGUACAUGUUCUUUUCCAGUCAAACCAAAGUGUUCUUACUAUCAACUCAACAUUUGAGUUUGACUACAAUCUGUAUGCUAUACUGGAUGAUUUGGCAAGUUUGUGGAAGAACCCGAAACUUCAGUUGAAAUCAUUUUAUGCCUCAACAUCAGGAAAACAUCAGGAAACUGUAGUGGAUUCGUUUGAGGAAAUUGCUAGACUAGAUUAUCAGAUUCACUGCAAACAUUUUGGAAUAAGAGAUUGUCAUAACUACGUUCGAGCCAAUAGAAAACGAUGAAGCAUUUGAUAUAAUUGAAACAGAACAAUGGAAACAAGCAAAAUCAAUUACUUUGCAUUCGGUGAACACAUUGAGUUACUUCACUUUUCCCAUUGAACACCUUUUUCAUCUGUGCAAAUUCUCUGUUCCAUUGGUAGAAUUAAAAAUUUCUGAUGCAGUUAAAAUCAGAGAUGUUCUCCUGAAAUCCGUACAUUUUGAAGCUGGUCAAAUCAAUGUAAAAAACAAAAUCCAGGAUGAUGUUUUGAGAGUUUUCAACCCAGAAUUCAACGAUAAUAUUUUUCGCUAUGACAAUUUUGAACUCACUUUUAAGUUAAAUUCGUUGAACGUUAAAAAGAUUUAA